AAUUGUAGUCUGAAAUUUUUGUAGCACAUGUUUUGUUUGUUCACGAAUCUGUGGUGGAGAUUACUUGUUCUCCUGAACAACUGAUUCGGAAACCUCGGUGCAAUUUGUAUGAAGUGAAUUUUUUGCUGCGGUUCGUUUUCGGCUAAAAUCGUCCAUAAUGCCGUACGCGCGUAAGAAAAUGCACAGUGGUGACACACAUUUACGCCGACGAUGGAGACUUCGAAGUCGUAAGAAGGAUUUAGAUGAAAUAGACGACGAUUUAAAAACUAAUUCUGAACAACUGUUGAAUCAGGAUGUAGACUUGGAUAAGCCAGGUUUUGCUCAGUACUACUGCAUUCAUUGUGCUACUUAUUACAUCAACGAACGUGCCCUACAGGAUCACUUUCGAACAAAAGUUCAUAAACGUCGACUGAAAGCUCUUGAAAUUGAACCCUACACCGUCGAAGAUUCGUUGCGAGCAGCCGGACAGGGUAGUUUUGCCCAGCCACUUAAACGGAAAACAGAGACCCAGCCAUCUAAGCGCGAGUACACCGAAGGAAAACGCAUCAAGGUAGAUGAGGUAAUCGAAGAGGAAAAACCGGCGAAACAAAACUUAUCAAAAGUGCCGAAAUAUGAUGGGCAGUACGGGAAAAUUUUGGGAGACCUUAAAACACCGGCAUCGUAAGAGAACGUGAGAAAGCUAUCAACAAUUCUGGUUUAUUAGUUUUACAAACAUUUUGUACAUUACAAAACAAUGUUUCAAACAAAACAGUUGAAAAGAGUUUUAUUCGCUGCGGAUGUUGUGCAGCUAAACACGAUGAAAA